AUGCACUCCUCAUCUGACCGCGAGCAGCUUGACACAGGACUGCAGCCGGACAGCGUCGACCGAGGCAGCGAGCUCCACCGCCAGCGCCGUCUCAAGCGCAGCCACCAGCUGAUGACCGACCAGGAUGAUGGCUUCGCCUCUUCUCACGUCGAGCAACAACAACAGCAGCAGCAGCAGCUUCUGUGCAAAUACAAGUCCGGCAAGUGUUCAAACCCGCGCGCUACAAAGCGGAAUGGGCAGCUCCAUACGCUCUGUCACUUCCACCGGGAUCGCCAGAACGAGCAUCAGCGCAAGAGCGACCGCAAGCACCGCAUGGUGAGUGUCACACGGCGCGCCAAACUCGGCAGCAUCGGCGUCGGUAGCGAGAGCACUCGUCGCCACAGUCUCCACUCCAUCACGUCGUUGGAGGCCGCUUUUCCAAGUGCAGCUUCAAGUUCGCCGUUGGAUCGAUUCGGGUACGAUGGAAACGCACCAGACACUUUCAGGAACGUGCAGUAUACCGCAGGGAAUGUACCCAUUAGAGCACCAGGAGGAAGAGGAGACGGACCAGCACCGCCACUGCCACCACCUGCAGGAACAACACGCUUACCUCCCAUUAGAUUCCUCAUGCCUGGAAAACUCGAUGGCUACCGCGCUUCCAGUACAUCCGCACUCGGUCCACCCUCCGGUACUUUUCUAUCCGAUAGCCUCAACGAUGACGCGGACCGAUCAGCGUGA